CGGCUCGUUCAGUGGAACCAACAUGGCGGCGGUAGAUGUCAUUGUGGUUAACUUGGUGAAUCUCUGGAAGAUACCAGCCGUCCGACAUAACUUCCACUGGAUAUUUUUACUAAUUUCUCUCGUUGGAUCAGUUCUGAAAGAGCUGGAGUUCGUCCCGCAGACUUAUUUCAGCAGCAGCAGAAACGCCCUGAAUGUGUAUUUUGUCAAAGUGUCCUGGGGAUGGACGUUGCUGCUGCUGACUCCCUUCGUCCUCCUGUCCAACUCCGCCUUCAGCCGGAGCGUGUCCUUCCUCGGCCAGCGGCUGCUCUCUCUGGCGGUGGCUACGGUUGUCUGGUACGUCUGCACCGAGACCUUCUUCUACAUCGAGGAUGCGACCGGCUCAUGUUUUGAAACUAACACCAUGGAAGUCAUCAACAAGGAGUUCACAUCCAAAGCCAGCUGCAGGCGGGCCGGCUUCCACUGGCACGGCUAUGACAUCUCGGGACACUCCUUCAUCCUGGCCUACUCGGCUCUCUUCAUCAUGGAGGAAACUGCUCCGAUGGCGUCCUUGAAGAUAAACAGUCUCUCUGCUCUGCCCAGAAUGGUCCUCAACCUGCUGUAUGUGGCCUUGAAUCUCAUUGUGUUCAUUUGGGUGUGGAUGUUUGCCUGCACCUCUCUUUACUUCCAUGACCUGUCCCACAAGUUGUUAGGGACCAUAUGUGGCCUGUCAGGGUGGUAUCUGACAUACCGAGUUUGGUAUUUAAACCCUUGGUCACCAGGACUCCCCCCUCAGCUCCAUCCGAAAGAACAAAAGCAACACGCCUAAGCUGCAGUCAACCUUUCCUGUAUAACAUUGUCGCUAAUGUUGCAGCCAUCCUCCAAACAACACUAUGAUUAUCUGUCUCUGGGUCCAAGCUGGCCGUUCUAUUUUAAGCUGUUUUAAGUUAUUCCCUCCUCUCAGAAAGGUCGAUUUGUACAGGAUGCUGUUUGGCAGCUGCUGUUCCCAAAAUGACUCCUGGUAAUCUGAGAUAAAAGCAAGACGCUGCUCGGCUUCAGACUCUAAGGCUGGCAUGCUACACCGUCAUUUGUCCCGCAAUUAGUUGCCUUAUAAUGUUUUACUCUUGGAGGAGUAAUCACAGUUUUUAGAUGCCUGAGUGGGAACACUUGAGAAUGUUUACAGCUCCAGUUGUAUAGCACUGAUGACAUGUGUUUUUGCAGACUAAUGUAAAGAAGGUUUACAUUGUUUUUAUAGGGAACCACCUUCAGAACAAAGUCAGAUCAGAAACUACAGUGGGCAGAAAUGAUUUACUGAUUUAACUGUCCAUUUUUUUUAAUCACAUGGUUUUGGGUCAGUGUGACUGUGUUUCUACACUACAGUAUCUGUUUGCUCAGAGGAUGUAGAGCUUGAAAAGUAGGUAAAGAGAUCAUUUUAAUCUUUCAUCAACCUUAGAAUGCAGUUGUAAGAAUAUUAGUUUUAUUGAUUUAAGGUAAUUUAAUUAUUAUUUAAUAUCUUUAUUUUAAGUUGUGAAAAAUGUUCAUCUUAAUUUCCUAAUGCCCGAUGGUCACAAGUUUCAAUGUGCUUUUUGUGCAGGCAAUAGUUUGAAACUAUGCCUGCACAAAACAUCACAGCUUUCAGUGCAGCAAAAAUGAUUGAUUUUAAAUUUUAAUCAAAUUGUGACCCUCUUAUUACGAUAUUUGCAAUAUCCAAAAUCGACCAUAUGUCAUAUCACAAUAUCGAUGCAUUGCACAGUCCUGUGUUUAAGCUGUAAUUAUUUUUAUUUUCAACAACAACAACAACAUGAAAAGACCAAAAUAACCUCUAAGUAUUCUUAUAUAAGCCUGAUAUAGCUUAUUCCUUUGUGCCAUCAAGCUCUGUUGUUUUCCAAAAACAAUUAAAAACACCCUCAUGAUGAACAUCUGCACUGACGUUAAUUUUUGCUCCCUCAUACGUCAUUCUGCUGCCAUAAAUACUCCAACACCAAAUCUUUGUUAAUCUACGUCUGAAAAUAUAUAAAUAGGCUCCAAAUGUUAUUCCCAUAUGAGUACCAGAGAUUUAUGUUCUCAGUAGGAACCAAUAGGCUUUAGGCCAGCUGCCACAGACAGGGAAGGAAAGUUGCUAAGUGUUUAAAAUAUUUGGUUUUGGUCUUUUAAUGAGAUUUUUAAUGGGACAAUAAGGUAAUGGGGACUUGAUUAUAGCAGUAUUUUUAACUGAAUGUGUGCAUUUUAUGACGUGUCAAAAAAAACAAUCAACGCUAAAAUAAAAACCAGGAGUUGUGUAUUCCAUUUUCAUAAUUUAUUUGUCAUUGAUGGCAACUGAAUAAAUUAAGGCUUAUGAACAAACAUCAUAAAAAGCACCAUAAAUAAAUGCAUAUAUAGAAAUAUAAAAAAUAAAAAGUAAAAAAUAAAAAAAUACUAUAGUGAAAUAUAAUGGCCACAAAUCACAACGAGGAUUUUCUCGACUUGAACUCUUUGCGUGUGUUUCAAAGAAGUACAGAUCCAAACCCCUCAGGUAGCAUGAUUUCAGUCAGAAGAAGCAGAAGUGGAGUCGCAACAGGUGUGUAAUCAAAAAGCGUACACAAUGAUUGGCUGGUUAUGAAGUUUCUUGACGUUUUUCUCCCCUUCUGCAGUGGCAUGUGCUGUUUGUCAAUUAACGAAGUAAGUGAAUGUCUGAGGAUCAAAAAAGUAAACAUAAAUAAUAAUUUUACGAUUAAAUUGCAACAGGAAAUCUACUUUACACUUGUGUCCUCUUGCUUUAAAAAUGCUGAUACAUAUUUUUAAAUCUUCUCUUCUUGUACCAUUUAUAUCACUGCUGCUCAUGCAAGAACAGUUUGAAAACCAAAUCCCGUUUCCUUUCUCAAAUGUCUUUUUCUUCCCAAACAGUUAAAUCUAUAUGGCUAUACUGCACUCUCCAUAUCAAACAUGAACCUGAUCAAAUGAACUACCGCUUCUACUAUCAUUAAAAUCAGAUUUGUUAUUAUUAGAUGUGACACAGCAAGGAGAUGCUGCAGUUAAAGGAGCAUUGAUUGUUUGUCUUUGGUUUUCUGCCACAGCUGCAGCUAAUCACCACCUGCAGGGACGGGCUUCUGUAGCAGGAGAAAACGGAGCAUCCUAACUAGAAGAAGAAAAAAAAAUAGCUUCAUUAUUAAAGGCCUGGGCUGUACUGUGAGUCCUUACUGCAAGAAAUGUCUGUAUAACCAGCCAUGAAACCAAAAGCAGCUUACAGCCAGAACCUCACGUAAUGAGUUAAACCUAAAGAGGCGCACGCUUCAGGAGCAGAAUUAUAAUAUGUUAAACCCUGGAGGCCUGACUCAGAAAAAAAAAAAAGCAGAACGGCUUC